UGGCAUCACAUCGAGAACCUGGACCUCUUCUUCUCUCGCGUCUAUAACCUGCAUCAGAAGAAUGGCUUCACCUGCAUGCUCAUUGGAGAGAUCUUUGAGCUCAUGCAGUUCAUCUUCGUGGUGGCGUUCACCACCUUUCUUAUCAGUUGCGUUGAUUACGACAUCCUUUUUGCCAACAAAGCGGUAAAUCACAGCCAGCAUCCCAGUGAGCCCAUUAAGGUGACUCUGCCAGAUGCCUUCCUGCCUCCAAAUGUCUGCAGCGCGAGAAUCCAGGCAAACAGCUUCCUCAUCUGCAUCCUGGUGAUAGCCGGGGUUUUCUGGAUCCACCGACUUGUCAAAUUCAUCUACAACAUUUGCUGCUACUGGGAGAUUCACUCUUUCUACAUCAAUGCCCUCAGAAUCCCCAUGUCCACCCUGCCGUACUACACCUGGCAGGAGGUGCAGGCCCGCAUCGUGCAGAUCCAGAAGGAGCACCAGAUCUGCAUCCACAAGAAGGAGCUGACGGAGCUGGACAUCUACCACCGCAUCCUCCGCUUCAAGAACUACAUGGUGGCCAUGGUGAACAAGUCGCUGCUGCCCAUCCGCUUCCGCCUGCCCCUGCUGGGAGACACCGUCUUCUACACGCGUGGGCUCAAGUACAACUUCGAACUCAUCUUCUUCUGGGGGCCUGGCUCCCUCUUUGAGAACGAAUGGAGCCUGAAGGCCGAGUACAAGCGGGCUGGGAACCGCCUGGAGCUGGCUGAGAAGCUCAGCACUCGUAUCCUCUGGAUUGGCAUUGCUAACUUCCUCCUCUGCCCCCUCAUCCUCAUCUGGCAGAUCCUCUACGCCUUCUUCAGCUACACAGAAAUCCUGAAGCGGGAGCCGGGCAGCCUGGGUGCCCGCUGCUGGUCUCUCUACGGCCGCUGUUACCUCCGUCACUUCAACGAGCUGGACCACGAACUGCACUCACGCCUCAGCAAGGGGUACAAGCCAGCUUCCAAGUACAUGAACUGCUUUAUCUCGCCGCUCCUUACCAUCGUGGCCAAGAACGUGGCCUUCUUUGCUGGCUCCAUCCUGGCUGUGCUCAUCGCUCUCACCAUCUACGAUGAGGACGUGCUGGCAGUUGAGCACGUCCUGACCACGGUCACCCUGCUCGGGGUGGGCAUCACGGUGUGCAGGUCCUUCAUCCCUGACCAGCACCUAGUGUUUUGCCCAGAGCAGCUGCUGCGAGUCAUCCUGGCACACAUCCACUACAUGCCUGAUCACUGGCAGGGCAAUGCCCACCGCUAUGAGACCAGGGAUGAGUUUGCCCAGCUCUUCCAGUACAAAGCGGUCUUCAUCCUGGAGGAGCUCCUGAGUCCCAUCAUCACCCCCCUCAUCCUCAUCGUCUUCCUGCGACCCAAGUCCUUGGACAUCGUUGACUUCUUCCGCAACUUCACCGUGGAGGUGGUGGGUGUGGGCGACACCUGCUCCUUUGCCCAGAUGGACGUGCGCCAGCAUGGCCACCCGCAGAUCCUGUCCCUCAUUACCUGUCUGUGCUCUGCAGUGGAUGUCAAGACGGAGCUGUCCCUCAUGCACUUUGCCAUCACCAACCCUAAGUGGCAGCCGCCUCGCGAGAGCACGGCCUUCAUCGGCUUCCUGAAGGAGCGAGUGCACCGGGACAGCAGCGUGGCGCUGGCUCAGCAGGCUGUGCUCCCCGAAAACGCCCUCUUCAGCUCCAUCCAGUCCCUGCAGUCGGAGUCGGAGCCUCACAGCCUAAUUGCCAAUGUGAUAGCGGGCUCCUCGGCACUGGGCUUCCACAUGGGCCGGGAUGGACAGGCCUCCCGCCAUCUCUCCGAAGUGGCCUCGGCCCUGCGUUCCUUCUCUCCACUCCAGUCUGCCCAGCAGCCUCCCAGUGGCUUUCAGAUGGCGGGAAGGGAUGGAGAGGGAGCCCAGCCUCGUGGCGCCAGUGCCAUGACAGCCUCUGGUGCCGAUGCGAGGACCGUGAGCUCGGGGAGCAGCGCCUGGGAGGGUCAGCUACAGAGCAUGAUCCUGUCGGAGUACGCCUCCACCGAGAUGAGUCUCCACGCGCUCUACAUGCACGAGUUGCACAAGCAGCAUGCCCAGCUGGAGCCCGAGCGGCACACUUGGCACCGGCGAGAGAGCGACGAGAGCGGGGAGAGCGCCCAUGAGGAGCUGGACACUCAGCGGGGUGCCCCCGUCCCCAUCCCUCGCUCUGCCAGCUAUCCCUUCUCCUCGCCACGGCAGCCUGCCGAGGAGACGGCCACACUGCAGACCGGCUUCCAGCGGCGAUACGGUGGCAUCACAGACCCAGGCACAGUACACAGAGCCCCAUCACACUUCUCCCGCCUCCCGCUGGGAGGCUGGGCUGAGGAUGGGCAGUCAGCGAGACACCCGGAGCCCGUGCCAGAGGAGAGCUCAGAGGAUGAGCUUCCACCACAGAUCCACAAGGUGCCACAUCCCCUCUCUGUCUUGCAGGUAUAGCCUUGUAGACUGGGGAUCUCGUGGGGAUUGCAGACUGGGAGCCGCCUGGGCAGCAGGACGUGGCAUCAGCCUGAUUCUUCUCCCGUCCCGAGUGGACAGGAUAGUCCCGGGCUCCAUUUUGUUGCCAUCAGUUGCCGAAGAGACAAAACUGCCAGGCCGGCGGCUUUGCGGUGGCACUUUGUGUCCAGCCGUGUGUCAAGUCAACGCCACUCUGACUCGUGGGGUGAAUGCGUGUGUGAGUACAUACAUGUGUCUGUGUUCACAUCUGUGUCGUCCGUGUCGGAGGAUCGCUGCAGAGCCUGCGAAAGCUGACGUGACAGGACUAGC